AUGGCCACAAUAACCUCAUUGGCAGACUCUGAUCGGAAUCUUUACGACGCUGUACAGAGGAGGCUGAAGGAAAUUACCAAGAACCCGUACGUUCCAGAAUUACGAGGUAUCAAGCUUGGAGAUCUAGCUGAUACGGCCUUGGCCAUUCACGAAUUUCGACCAAUCAAGAAGUUACGACCUCUUGUCGUAACAUCAUGUGAAACGACGUACUGUGCCGUAGUCUACGCCGAAGAUACGUUGAAUGUCAAAGCGAAUGAGCGUAUGGCCGAUGAGACGGAAGAUAAGCUAAACAACCUGAAGGACACGCUGAAUGAAAUUUGGAGAUUAGGGCACCGCGUCGCCUCUCGUGGCCGGAUAUCCGCUGCCUUCAUGUGGUGCUUUGGAUUUCGGGAGUCGAGAAAGAUACGGCGACUUCAUGCAUCCCUGAAGGACAUGAUCAUCUAUGAAUUUUCUCCAAAUGAGUUGAAAAGCAGUACGGGAUAG